ACUGCCAAUCAUCAGUCAGAGGCAUAAUCGAGCUCAGAAAUAUACAAAUGUGGAAAAGUGCAUGUGUUAGACUGGAAAUAUGGUCGCAGCACCAUCUGUCUCACAGGCUGAUGUGGGGUUUAAGUGAGGGCCCUAUCAAUGCUGCCUCUCAUAGAGCCUUGUCUAGCCUGGGUCCCAAAGCCGCUCCCACCCACAGCCUCCUGCUCUGAUCUUGGGACUCCCCUCAGUUCUCUUUUGCCCCCUCCCUCCUCACUCUCCUCACCCCAUCUUGCCCACAGAGAUCCUGAUCAAGGUGCAGGUAUAUGUGAGCGGGGAGCUGGGGCCCUUGGCCCGGGCCUCAGUGGACGUGUUUGGGAACCGGAUGCUGCUGGCUGCUGGCACCACGGACGCAGAGGGUGUGGCCAUCCUGCCCCUCAGUUACCGCUUGGGCACCUGGGUGCUGGUCACUGCUGCCCGCCCUGGCUUCCUCACCAACUCUGUGCCCUGGCGUGUUGACAAGCUGCCCUUGUAUGCAUCCGUCAGCCUCUACCUGCUUCCCGAGCGGCCGGCCACCCUCAUCCUCUAUGAGGACCUGGUGCACAUCCUUUUGGGCUCUCCUGGUGCCCGCUCCCAGCCCUGGGUGCAGUUCCAGCGCCGGGCUGCCCGCCUGCCUGUCAGCUCCACCUACAGCCAGCUCUGGGCCUCCCUCACACCUGCCAGCACCCAGCAGGAAAUGCGCGCUUUCCCGACCUUCCUGGGCACUGAGGCCUCCAGCUCAGGCAAUGGCUCCUGGCUAGAGCUGAUGCCCCUGACUGCCGUGAGCGUGCACCUGCUGACAGGCAAUGGAACAGAAGUGCCGCUCUCCGGCCCCAUUCACCUGUCCCUGCCUGUGCCCUCAGAGUCUCGUGCCCUUACUGCAGGCACCAGCAUUCCAGCCUGGAGGUUUGACCCCAAGAGUGGGCUCUGGGUACGCAACGGCACUGGUGUGAUCCGGAAGGAAGGCCGGCAGCUCUACUGGACCUUCGUCUCCCCCCAGCUGGGGUACUGGGCAGCUGCCAUGGCUUCCCCCACCGCUGGACUGGUCACCAUCACAUCGGGCAUCCAGGACAUUGGCACCUACCACACCAUCUUCCUGCUCACCAUCCUGGCAGCCCUGGCCCUGCUGGUGCUCAUUCUGCUGUGUCUGCUGAUCUACUAUUGCCGGAGGCGCUGCCUGAAGCCGAGGCAACAGCACCGUAAGCUGCAACUGUCCGGGCCCUCUGACGGUAACAAACGAGACCAGGCCACCUCGAUGUCCCAGCUCCACCUCAUAUGUGGGGGACCCUUGGAGCCCGCCCCGUCGGGGGACCCUGAGGCCCCACCCCCAGGCCCCUUGCACUCCGCCUUCUCCAGCUCCCGGGACUUGGCCGCCUCCCGGGACGACUUCUUCCGCGCCAAGCCGCGCUCUGCCAGUCGUCCGGCCGCCGAGCCUGGGGGCGCCCGCGGCGGCGAGGGCGCGGGGCUCAAGGGCGCCCGCCGGGCGGCCACGGUACCCCGGGGUCGGGGCCGUAGCCGCGGGGACAGUUCCCGCAGCAGCGCUAGCGAGCUGCGGCGCGACUCGCUCACCAGUCCGGAGGACGAGCUGGGGGCGGAGGUGGGCGACGAGGCGGGCGACAAGAAGAGCCCAUGGCAGCGGCGGGAGGAGCGGCCGCUUAUGGUGUUCAACGUCAAGUAG